AUGGCCAAGAGAACCAAGAAGGUUGGUAUUGUUGGGAAAUAUGGCACUCGUUAUGGUGCUAGUUUGAGGAAGCAGAUUAAGAAGAUGGAAGUCAGUCAGCACAGCAAGUACUUCUGUGAAUUCUGUGGCAAGUAUGCGGUGAAGAGGAAAGCUGUCGGCAUCUGGGGAUGCAAGGACUGUGGCAAAGUGAAAGCUGGUGGUGCCUACACUUUGAACACCGCGAGUGCUGUCACGGUGAGGAGCACCAUUCGAAGGCUGAGGGAGCAGACAGAGAAUUAA